GAUAAAGUAGUCGAUCUAUUUUAGCACAAAUUUUAAGUAACAAUGUGUAGAUUAAAGUCAAAAUUUUCGUGUAGUUAAUUAUAUAAUUAAAAUGAAAAAAACAGCAUGUAUGGUUUUAAAGAAAAUUUUGUAUCCAAGAAUUCAAUAUAUUCAUGUAAAAACAUUACAUCACACAACAAACAACAAUUAUACAAGGGUAAAUCUAUCUAGAGGUUUUGGAAGUGUUGUUGAAUCUGAUCUUCCGUCUUCAGCAACUUUACUACAAAACAAUAACGAAGCUAAAGUUGUUUUGCUGGGAACUGUUCAUUUUAGUAAGCAAUCAGUGGAAGAUGUUUCGAAGAUAGUUAAGGUUUUAAAUCCAAAUGCAAUUCUAAUAGAGCUAUGUCGGCAAAGAGUUUCUCUAUUGGAGUUAGAUGAUAAAAAAUUUUUAGAAGAUGCAAAAAAUUUGGACGCGCAGAAAAUAAAGCAGGCUGUAAAGGGUCAGGGCUUGGUUUCUGGAAUGCUUCACGCGAUGCUACUCAAAACUUACGCGGAUAUAGCAAAGGAAUUAGGUGUUGCACCAGGUGGAGAAUUCAGAAGAGCUUAUCAAGAGAUGAAAAAAAUACCCGGCUGCAAACUAUUUCUCGGAGACCGUCCAAUACAAAUAACAAUAGCUAGAGCUUUUCAAUCUUUAAAUGUUUUAGAAGUAGGACAAGUUCUUUAUCAUCUCACGACGGCAAAUCCUAAGCCUUUGAAUAAAAACCAAUUGGAAAAGUAUAAAAAUAAAGACUACGUGCAGGAACAAUUUCAGGAGAUUACGAGAGAAGUCCCGGCUUUUAAAAAAAUAUUUCAUGUAUUCGUCGAUGAGCGCGAUAAAUGUCUUGCGUUUUCGUUGCAAGAAUGUGUUCGUGCAGUUCAAAAUCCACGUGUGUUGGCCGUCGUGGGUAUGGGUCAUGUAGACGGUAUAUCAAAAUAUUAUGGAAAAAUGAAGCAAGAGGAUAUAGUGCCAUUGUUAUUCAAAUAACUUGUUUGAUCUUCAUACAUUUUGAGUAUUCCACCUCGCCCGUUUUACGCUGUCUUGUUUAGUAAAGUGAUUAAGUUCACGUUUUAUUUUUUGAUAUUUUCUAUCGUAUAUCGAUUUUUUUUUGGUUAACAGAAAUACAUUUAUAAUAAAUACAGUA